UGAUCAGUUCCAAUAAGUACGAGUGUCCGCACGUCUCUCUGAAUGUUUAGACACGUACUGGAGAGGUUACAGGUCAAGUGGAAGUCGUACCGACACCGGUUUGUGCCUUGGAUUGCACUUAACAUUUCUAAAAAUGAGAAAACCCUCCGACACGUGAAAAAGCGCUCUGAGGACAAGUUGGUCCCGGACGAAGAGGUGUCAGGAAGCCUGCUGCGGCUCUUCAGAGUCCUCUACAGUCAUGGGGCUCAUCGUCAAGUGGACCUGCAGGCGGUCAAAGGUCAUUUUCACGUACAGGUGACAAGUGGCAACGAACUUAGUGCACACGAUGCCAUGUUCCGCUCACUUGGCUUCUGUAUUGAGCGGAAGCGGAGUACACUGCCUGAUGCAGGCUGCGGGGUGUUCGUCUCAAGAGGGGUGGUACCCAAAGGAGCUACAGUUGCCAUGUACCCUGGCACCAUCUACCAACCCUACGAGCCUAUUCUUCUGCAGUCCAUCAGAAACCCGUUUGUGUUUCGAUGUCUCGAUGGUGUCUUGGUUGACGGGAACGACAAAGCCGUCUCCAAAAUGGUGUACAAGUCCUGCAGUGCCAGGGACCGAAUGGGCCCUUUCGUGAUGAGUGACACCAGCUGGCUCACGGUCAGCCCAGAUAACCCGCUCGCAGUGGGCCAGUAUGUGAACAACUGCUCCAACGAGUGGCCUGCCAACGUGUGUUACCAGGAGUACGAUGUCCCCGACACGUUUCCCAUUGAGCUUCGCCGAUAUCUUCCCAAUGUCAACUAUGGCCCUCACUCACAGGGACCUCUUCGGUGCGUGGUGCUCGUAUCGCUCCGUGACAUUACAGCAGGCGAUGAGCUCUUUUCCAACUACUACACAAUUGUACACUAGUCCAGUGUUUUUCAACCUUUUUUGAGCCAAGGCACAUUUUUUCCAGAGGCACACCACCAGCAGAAAUCAUAAACUCAGUUGACAGUUAAAAGUCAUUGUCGCAAUUGUUGGAUAUGACUUUAAAUCAGUGGUUCUUAACCUUGUUGGAGGUACCGAACCCCACCAGUUUCAUAUGCACAUUUACCGAACCCUUCUUUAGUGAAAAAUAAAAUGUUGUUUUUUUUCAAAUUCAAGACAAAGUUAUAUGUUUUUUGUAACACUUUAGUAUGGGGAUCAUAUUCUAAGUAACAAAGACUUAAAGGCCUACUGAAAUGAAAUUUUCUUAUUUAAACGGGCAUAGCAGAUCCAUUCUAUGUGUCAUACUUGAUCAUUUCGUGAUGUUGCCAUAUUUUUGCUGAAAGGAU